AUGCCUCACCCGCAAAGCAAUCGGCAUACCUGUCUGUCCGAAUCCUCUACAUGUCACCCCCACGACCCUAUACCUCAAGAACCAAUCUCGAUACCUCGACAUUCGAGAAGUUCAGCCAUUGAGCCAUCAUCGGACUCAGCAUCCUCAAAGUCGUCCGAAUACACCUCUGGCUCUGAUUAUGAAUCACCUGGCACGCCGGCAACAGAUCCUCAGCUCGAUGAGGCAAUUGACCAGCAAAAAGAUGACAAGACUUUUGUCGUGCCUCCUACCACACCGCGGAAGAGACGAGCUUCGACCCUACUGAUAUCGCAAACUCCAGAGGAUGUCCGACGGAUAUUGUUACCUGAAAGAGGGGCGGAGACCAAAGAGAUUGAGAAGGUCUGCUGCGGAGGAGGUUGCUGUUUCUUAAAGACUUUGGAGGAAGACCCAGCGACCAAGUCUGGCUCCCCAGUGGUCAUACCCGAUAAUGAUGCCUUCCGGAGUCUCUGUCUUCGAAUUGGCCCUCUCAGCCUUGAUAGCGAGCUGACCAAUCUUGUUGACCUUCCUGCUGAGACAGUAUUGUUCGAAAAAUUGUUGACAGACGCAUCCCCAGUCCAGUCAACAGUGCAAAAGCAUCCUCCAAAGUUCGUGACUCCACACCCCCCGUACGAGGUCUACUCAGCCAAGGUCCACCACGCGAGGGAGUUGACCAAGCCGGGAGCGGAAAAGCGAACCUACCAUUACGAUCUCGAUGUCACGGAUUAUCCAGCUGAAAGUGGGAAUGUAGACUUUGUGGUUGGUGGCGCUGUGGGUAUACAAGCACCAAACUCAGAUGACCUGGUGGAUGAGAUCUUUGACCUCCUCAGCGUCCCGGGGUACGCCCGAGACAAGGAGGUGAUGAUGAAGACCAGCACAGGGCGAUGGCCGACUAUUUGGGACGACGACAAACCCAGAGAGCUUGUGACUACCAGGCGAGAACUCCUGACUUGGUGCUCCGACGUCCAGAGCUACCCGCCGACCAAGCCUCUUCUUCGUCUGCUUGCCGAGUACGCAACAGCUCCCAAUGAGAAGAAGAUCCUCCUCUACCUAUCCUCAGCCCAAGGCCAAGCAGCCUUCUGCGACCUACGCACAGGUCCUCACAUCACAAUCGCUCAGCUGCUCAAUGCCUUCCCGUCAUCCUACCCCCCACUAGCUCACCUUCUCUCCAUUCUCAACACCCUGAUGCCACGCUUCUACUCGCUCAGCCAGGACCCACAGUCAUCCUGUACACGUGAGGGUACCAAUUGUCGACGCCUGAUCGAGAUUGCCGUCACAGUACACGAGACACCUAAUUGGCGGGGUGGACCUCGCACGGGUGUCGGUUCUGGCUUCCUUGAACGCAUAGCUCAGAAGGUGCAGGAAGCCGAGAACGAAGGCAUCAAAGCUACAGAUCUGGACCUUCGAGUGCCCAUGUUCCGCGGCUUGAUGGCCAACCCUCUAGCUCGCGAAUUUGUGACUGAUGGACCUAUGCUUCUCAUCGGUGCAGGCGUUGGCGUAGCACCAUUCCGAGGCUUCGUGCAACGACGUCUCAAAUCUGCCAACUGUGCCAACAAGGUCUGGGUCUUGCAAGGCGUGCGCGAUAGCCUACUGGAUGAGCUUUACAGCGGCGAGUGGGGUGUUGAAGAAGAAAAGGUCAAGAAGGUUGUACAGAGCCGACGCGGUGAGGGACGCUAUGUGCAAGAGGAGGUGAGACAUCAGGCAGAUUUGGUGUGGUUCAUCAUCAAUGCCUUGGAUGGACGGGUGUUCGUUUGCGGAAGCUCUCAGGGGAUGGGAGAAGGGGUGGAGAGGGCGCUAGUUGAUGUGGCCAUGGACAAGGGGAACCUGAGACGGGAGGAAGCAGAAGAGUUCUGGAUAAGGAAGAAGGAUGAUGGCCAAUACAUUGCUGCUACGAUGACUGUACAUUCACGAAGACACGGGAUACAUGAGGCCUGCGACGUUGCGCUUGCAUAA